GUUUCUACGGGUGCCGGGAGGAGGACGUGUGCACAAUCCUCCUUGCACCACGAGAGGCGCCGGUGUCUCUAGUGGUGGCGCCCGCUUCUACGGAGAUUGCAGCUUCUGUCUGAUUGUUUUUCCUUUCCUCCUCCAUCCCUUCCACAUCCCACAGCUUAGGGUAGAGACUCAUGUUUGGGGGAGCCUGACCAAUCUCACUCCAUUACAGCGGAACUUCCCACCUGAGGAUUGUGGAGACCAGCUAGGUUGAAAUGGAGAACCAGGAAUCAACAGAUUCUUCUCAGAACGCCAAACAGCACAUUAUUUCAGAGGAGUUGAUUUCAGAAGGAAAAUGGGUCAAAUUUGAAAAGACAACUUACAUGGAUCCUACUGGUAAAACUAGAACUUGGGAAACAGUGAAACUCACAACCAGGAAGGGAAAAUCUGCUGACGCCGUGUCAAUCAUCCCAGUGCUACAAAGAACUCUUCAUUAUGAGUGUAUUGUUCUGGUGAAGCAGUUCCGACCCCCAAUGGGUGGCUACUGCCUGGAGUUUCCAGCAGGGCUCAUCGACGAUGGGGAAAGCCCAGAAGCAGCUGCUCUGCGGGAGCUAGAGGAAGAAACUGGCUACAAAGGCGAUGUUGCUGAAUGUUCUCCAGCUGUGUGUAUGAAUCCAGGCUUGUCAAACUGUACCACACAUGUUGUGACAGUGACCAUCAAUGGAGAUGAUGCUGCAAAUGUAAGGCCGAAGCCCAAUCCAGGGGAUGGAGGUAUGUUAUUCAACUCCCAAUGGCUGGCCCUGUGAUGGCUUAGUGUAGUGGUAAUGACGGCUGCAGACAUUUGGGCUGUUGGGGUUCACUCCUGUUCAACUUUAUUUUCACUGUAUUCUGUUUGUUUAGAAUUUGUGGAAGUGAUUUCUUUACCAAAGAAUGACCUACUGACUAGACUGGACGACAGCUUCAAUUUCUUCACCUUUUCAAAAACUAGACCUGAGAUAGAAUUCAUCUGAAUACCUCAAAGUCAAAUUAAAUGCCACCAUUUAUUCAGAAAAGGCAUGGCAGCCAAUAUUAGGCAGUACAGCUAAUGAUCGGACAGGCCUGGUGAGUUUGAGGCUCUGCCACCAUUAUCACUGUUACUAGUUUCUUGUUUUCUUGAAUCAAGCCUCUUCCUGUGAGGAUGCAUGAGAAAAAUUAGACAGGUAAUACAGGCAAAGUGCUUAGCCCCCAGGUGCUUAAACAGUAUGUGGUAAAUGCUUUGUUUGUAGAAUAUUCUUUAUAGGGUUCUUUGUUUAUAGAAUAUCCUUUAUAGGGUUCUCUCUCUCGUUCACCUG